GCCACGUUUGCUGAUAGAAGAAAGUACAUUAGUAUAAAGGCUAGACCUUCGGUAGACGCAUGUGCUUGUGUGGCGGAGUUGGUUGUAAGGUUACUGACAAACAACAGCACUGUCGUUAAUUCCGUUAGGCCAUAUAAUAUUUUUACGAUGAAACUACUUUUGCUGUUAGUUUGUUUAGCAGCUUUUGCUUCAGCUAGUGAUGUCUUAGAUUAUUCGGGUCCAGAUUUUGAAGAUUUAGUAAAAGAACAUGAUAUAAUUCUCGUAGAAUUUUUUGCACCAUGGUGUGGUCACUGUAAGAAACUUGCUCCAGAGUAUGAAAGUGCAGCAACAACUUUGAAAAACAAUGAUCCUCCAGUGUCACUUGCUAAAGUUGAUUGUACUUCGGACAAUGGGAAGGAAACGUGCAGUAAAUAUGGAGUCAGUGGGUAUCCUACUCUGAAAAUAUUCAGACAAGGAGAAUUUUCGGCAGAAUAUUCUGGACCUCGACAAGCAGAUGGCAUAAUAAAAUACAUGAAAACCCAAGUUGGUCCAAGUUCCAAAGAAGUAAGCACAGUAGCUGAAGCUGAAAAACUCUUAACAAAAGAUGAAGUAGUUAUUUUUGGGUUUUUCAAAGAUGAUGACAAAUUGAAACAGACAUUCCAGAAAGUGGCAGACAAGCAAAGAGAAGAUUAUACUUUUGGUCACAGUUCAACUGAGGAAGUUCUCAAUAAAUAUGGAUAUAAAGAUCAAAUAGUUCUAUUUCGACCAAAGAAGUUCCAAAGCAAGUUUGAAGAAAAAGCCUUGAAAUAUGAUGGCCCUUCAGAAAGCUAUAAACUAGAAAAGUUCAUCAGAGAUAACUACCAUGGACUUGCUGGCCAUAGAACACAAGGCAAUAUGCAGCAAUUCAAAUCUCCACUAGUUGUUGCUUACUUUAAAGUUGAUUACGUAAAGAACAUUAAAGGAACAAAUUAUUGGCGUAACCGAAUCAUGAAGGUGGCUGAGAAGUUUAAGGACAAGUUGAACUUUGCUGUGAGUGACAAGGAUGAAUUUGGCAGUGAGAUGGAUGAGUUUGGUCUUACUGCCAAGGAUGAUAAGCCAGCAUUUGGAGCGAAAAAUGAGCAGGGCCAAAAGUUUCGAAUGGAAGAUGAAUAUAGUCCAGAAAACUUGGAAAAGUUUUUACAAGACUUGGUUGAUGGAAAACUUAAGCCUCACAUUAAGUCGGAGCCAAUUCCAGAAUCAAAUGAUGCACCUGUAAAAGUUGCUGUUGGACAAAGCUUCAAUGAAAUAGUAAUGAAUAAUGACAAAGAUGUUCUGGUUGAGUUCUAUGCACCAUGGUGUGGCCACUGUAAGAAUCUGGCUCCUAUAUAUGAUGACCUAGGAAAAAAGAUGGAAAAUGAAGAUGAAGUUGAAAUUGUAAAAAUGGAUGCUACAGCUAAUGAUGUUCCCCCAAACUUUGAAGUGCAUGGGUUCCCAACAUUGUACUGGGUCCCAAAAGGUAAAAAAGACAAGCCCAUAAAAUAUGAGGGUGGUCGUGAACUGGAUGACUUCAUUAAAUACAUCGCUAAACAUGCGACCAAUGAGCUGAAGGGUUGGAAUAGGAAGGGUAAAAAGAAGAAGAGUGAACUCUAACCUUAUGUUCAUUUCAAACUUUCAUUUUCAUUACUCCCAGGUCAUUGAAAACAGUUUUGACACCAGCCUUCUGUAAUCAGCAUCAGUGAUUAUAGACUUUUAUGUAUAGACCUGUAGAUCAAAAGAGAAGGAUGAUCAACUUGGCAAUCGGGCUAAUAUAAAAUUCUUCUUGGUUCAGUUCUUGCAUUAAGAAUUUCAUUUAAUAAAAUAACAUGUUAAAUUGUUUUA